AUGGGGCUUGUGGGUGAACUACUCAAUGGAAGGACAGCCACGGGCCUCACGCAGCCCAGCGCGUUCAAGAUGGCCAGUCUUGGAACCCUCUCAUCUGGCAUAAAGCCCGAAGAUACCCCUAUUCCGAGUCGAGAACCCAGUCGCGAGUUCUCGCUGCCGUUCAGGCCCUCCCCGGCUCCACCCAAUCGAUCACCCUCCUGGGCUUUCGAAAAGACCCCGGGUCCCAACAAUGGUCCCAAGAAGACUGUUAUCGAUCCAGACCUUCUUCGAGUCCAGAAGUAUCUGAAGUUUCCGGGGCUCGACAUGCCGGAAGUCGUCAUUACAGAGCAGAACCGAGGGUUCGUCACUGUCCUCAGCCUCGAUCGUGAUCUCCUCGUCCCCGGCUCCUCAGACCUGCCUGUUGCGCCUGAUAGCAUGCAGUCCUUUGUCUGCUACAAAGUCGAACAUCUGUUUGCCACCGUCUUUGGGGUUCUCUAUGCAAACAAAGACAUGGUCAUGGACUGGCGUCAGGCUUGGAACAAGGUUCAGCGACUCCUUGCCAAAGAGAACCAGGUCUGGAAGACAGACGUCACAGCCAACAAGAUUCGGGAUCUUGUCCAGCAGUUUGCCGAUGCGCGGAUCAACUAUCUCGAGAAUGCUCCGAACUCAAGACUGCCACGCUUGGGUGAUCGUCAGAACUGCCGACUCCUCAAGUCAAUCGACCGAUAUAUCGAUUUCAAGGCGGAUAGGUCCUCUGUCUCGGACCUACUGCAGUUUCCGGCAAAGCAUCGAUGGAUGAAUCGCCAUCGAGUGAGAAGAUAUCACCGUCACCAAGAUGCCGGCCCUGCACACCCAGCACCUGCCCCACCAGCUUUGAUGUCUCCUAUGGCUUCUACGGCUCCUAUGCUAUCCCCGGAAGCUAUCGUUGCUUUGAUUGCUACACCUCCGUCGUUUUAUGGAGGUCGGCGUUAG